AUGGAUUUAGCCUGCGAGGAGCUUAUUGCACACGUGAAGCAAGCUCAAAUUCGUUUUAGUGAGCAAUAUGCAAAGCAUAACCUUAAAAUUGAGCAGAAGUGGCGCUCAUUUAAGGAGCUCGACAGGCUAAAGUGUGUGAACGCUGCCAACGGAUUUCUGCUCGCGGUCCGAGAGGAUCCCGCUAGAUUUAGCCAUUUGCUUGUACCAGAGUUUAGUCGUCUUGACAUUAGCAGCUCAAAACCGGCUUAUUUGCUUGAUAUUCUCAAAUACCGCGCGACAACGCCGCUUUGCGAACAAGACACUGCGGACCGCGAUGCUGUCCGGCACGCACUCUCAACCUGUUUUCUCACAAAACAAGGAGUGGAAAGCCCGGGCAAUGGCCUUUCGAAUGAGCAUACAUGUGGCGCAUCAUCUGCAGGCAUCCCUUUGGAACCUGCACUCCUCGGUUCACCUUUAGCCGGCGUCUGUGAAGGAGUAUCGAUUCCAACGACGGCCCCGGAGCUGGUUCUUGCUCGACAAGCCUAUACAUUAGGGUAUCUAAGCAUUAUCAUGACCAAAAUUCUGCAAUACGAGUCCAAAGAGCGAAUUCAGCCCGAUAGGCAAGCCCGAGCAUCUUUACAGUCGUCUACUAGCUCUCAUUCUCCAAGACCGUUGAGCAUUCCCGACUUGAUCAGCAGCUCAAAAGAACAUGCCAUCCACUUGCAUGAAUGUGCUACUUUCAUCGCAAGCGAUUACGAAGCAUUUACGUGGACUGUUAAGAAUGCAGUGAACGGUCGGCCACAUACUGUGCCAGAUAAGGCAGGGAAACUUCUGUAUCUGCCACCUAGGCAAGCUUUUCAAGAUGCCUAUUUUGAAACAUUGGUGUCGGUACAACAAAAGAUGUUUAUUUGGUUUUAUAUUUCAGAGCUUCUUGAGGUGUUACACAGCACUAUCGACAAGAUGCACAUUACUGCCAUUCUUCAAGAAAUUUCUAAUGUGUGCCAGCUGGAGUAUGCCCGGUCACAGGCCAUGUAUAAGAGGCGUGUACAAACAGGUACAGGCACUGGGCUCUUCCGCCGGAUUCCAGGAUGCUCAGAUGAUACUGGUAACCCUCGUGUCGUUAUGAAAGGCUCACCCGAUCAAUUCACUCGAAAGGAUCCGCAGCUUCAUUACGUACUCCGCCUCUGUCAUCCCAAGACCACUGCUCAGGAUGCCACCAUGUGGAUUGAGAAACUGUCUACUCUCUACAAAGACCAUGAAGACGAGAGAGCUCGUGCUGCAGACGACGAGGCUGAGUCAUUAACUGAUCUAGUGAUGAUUACCUCUUUGAUCCAGGACUUACGAAUGGCGACAAAACUACCGUCGCCCUCGCACAAGAGAGGCCUUACUUUUAUUUCAAAGUAUACAAGUGCAAAUGCGGAGCUGAAUAGCAGGAAGGAAAAUUUGGUAUCAGGAUGCAUUCUAGCCACCGCCCAUAAUGAUCCUACACACCGAGUUGGUGGGGCAGUUGAAGUCUCAUUCGAUAGCCAUAUGACGCAAAAAUGCGUUAAGAGUAUACAUCAUUUGUAUAAGAGCAUGCUUCAGAGCUGUCUUGAAGCUAUUAAGCUCCAGCAUGGACAAUCAAAGCUAGCUCUUGUGGACGAACCUCACUAUCCCCUACCACAUAUGACAUCUCGCACUACAGCAUUCAAAGUUCAAGAAAAGAGAUUGAAAGAAAAGACACGACCUGCUUUCUCCGAGGUCGGUGGUGUCAUCGCCACGACAGUUGAAGAGCCGACAGAAGAAGUAACCUCUGCUGUCCCCAUUCAAGUCAGCGCAUCCACAGCAAAGACAUUUUCGACGCUAUUCGAUAAAUCAAGAGCCCGCGGUGCCGUAACCUGGUCAGAAUUAGAAGCCGCCAUGGCAGAGUUGGGAUUCUCCGUCGAGUCAAAAUAUGGUUCGAUAUACACCUUCACACCACCUGCCACGAUGCAAGGGGCUAAUCCACUCAACUUACACCGGCCACACUCAUCCAAGUACGAGGGUUAUCGGGUUUUAUUGCUAGGAAACCGAUUAAAAAGAGUGUAUGAUUGGAACAUGAACAGUUUCCGUUCGAAAUGAUGACAUUUACAACAGGUAUUGGCAAAUGAUUGCCACAUUUGGAAUGGAUGCAAUUUGCAGACUUUCGGCGCCCAGGCGAACAUAUCGCAUGCUAUUUUUGUAUGAGAUUUAUUUGUUGGUUAAUUUUGGCAUUGUAAUGUGCCAGAUAUAUGGAAAUGGCAGCAGCUUAGGAUAUUCGUUGAGUAGUAUGGACAGGGCUGUGAAUCAGAGCUUGCUUUAGCAAUAUAAACC